AUGGGAUUAAUCAAGCUUCUUCUCAAAGUUAUCCUCAUUCCCAUUGCCGCUAUCGUCAUCAUCAGCAUCGUGGCCGCUAUUCUCAUCAAGGUACAUCGCGACCGGAAGCGCGAAGCACGACAGAUCGAGCAGCAGCAGUUCAAACCACCGCCCUUCCAGCAAUGGAUUCCGUAUGAGCCGGUUCAGAAACCCGCGCCUGUAGCAUAUCCGCUCGUCUCUCCAAGUCAGAUGGAGCAAGGUGUGACCCAUGUCUCCCCUUCAUGA